AUGCCGUCAGCAGACGUUCGAGCAGGUGCUGCGGAGGCAGGGCUGGGCAAGCGCAAGGCGUUCACCUGCUUCGUGGUGUCCACCCAGCUGUUGGCGAGAGGCAGUCGUGUUGCUUCUGUUCCAUCACUUAAAAAAGCAUUGCUGUCUGAAUAUCCAGUAUGCAUGAAGCAGACGUUGCUUGAACUACAUAGCUGUGUAAUUGACCCCAAAAUAAGUGCAGGAAGUGGUUUAUACAGCAAUACUAUGAAUGCCAAAAACCAUUCAGAUAAGCAGCAGAGUGCAAGGAAAGAGAAAAUUUCUUCGGAAACAACCCAACAGGGAAGUCAGACAUCUCCACUAAAGCAAACUGGAUGGCCAAUGUUCUAUUGUCCUAUCUCACAAAUUCACAAUGCUGGAGAAAUUGCAAGGAUCCGUGAAGAAUGCAAAAAGGAAAGUUUCUGGUACAGAGCUCUUCCUUUGUCUCUUGGGAGCAUGCUUGUCACCCAGGGGCUAGUCUCAAAAGGCGUUUUCUCAGCAAGCCCAAGAUUUGGUGCAUUAUCUAAGAUGGCAAUUGCUGGUGUCUUAGGUUUUGCCAUUGGAAAGACAUCUCACAUAGGAGAAUGCCAAAAAAAGUUCCAGAAAAUUGAUAUUGUACCAUUUGGUCCACAAUAAAAAAGGCAUUGUCAUCAUGCUUGCAAAGAAUGUGAAACAAAAUUAGGAUCAAAUGAGAAAGACAGUUUAAUUCCUUCAGCAUCUUAG